AUGAAGGCUGCGAUCCUUCUGAUGCUUUUGGUUUCGUCAAGCAUUUGCACUGAGUGCCCCAAGAAAACUUGUUCAGACUGCACUGCUUUUUGGAUAUUUCUGAAGGAUGUGUAUGGAAAUAUCUUUGACUGGGCCAAACUACACUGUGCGCAGAACGAGGGCGAAUGCGAAGAAUCCGAAUGCAAGCUCAUACUGCCUCAAAUCGACAAGCUAAAAGACAUGGAGCCGAAAGCGAUCUGCAAAGUGCUCAAAAAUUGCUAG